AUGCUUGACCUGUUCGAGUCCCUCUUCGUGGACAUAUUUGAAAACGAUGAGGUAGCAGAGAUACACGAGAUGUUGAAAACUGUAUGCCAUCUUCACAAGUUGCCACUUGCUCUUAUAUGGAUGAUCCACCACGGUGGUGACUGUUUACUAUAUAUGGAUGCUGUUAAUGAUUCUUCGAUGGAAGGAUAUGUCAGGGCAUGUGCUGGCAAAUUCGUUAACUCGAUGCACCGUUACUUAGUCCCUAAUGUUUCUUUGCUUGAUUUAGCUGAUUAUCCUUGUUUUGAUGAGGCGAGAAAAUUUGGCCUUCUAGCUGCUAUGGCAAUCAGGCUAAAGGUCGGGCGUGUUCUUAGAUUUGAAUAUGUGUUAGAAAUUUUUCUCCCCACAAACUUGGUAGAUAGCGUGGAACAGAAUAAAUUGUUUGAUGAAAUCUUAUUGAGUUUGCGUAAGAACUGCGAGGGUUCAGAGACCAUGGAGUUGCAGAUGGAAUCACUUCUUAAUCAACAGGAGGAUCAAAAAUUCAAUCUGUCUAAGGAAGUUGAAGCAUCAAACGUUCUGUCAUCGACUGUUUCUAAGAUCUCUUUUUUGGCUUUUACAAAUGUUGGCUUAAAUUUAAAAGAAAAGAUCCAAAAUAACAGAGUGGAAACAGAUGAACUUCGUGAACUUGCAACAGCGACAGAAUGUGAAUUACUUGAAGACGAGACUUUGUCCUCUGUUGGGUCUGAGGAAGCAGAGUUGCCAAACACCUCACCAAUGGCUGUUUCUGAGAGCUCUUCUUCAGCAUUAUCAAAUGGUGGUUUGAAUUUAAACGAAAAUUUAAAUGAAGAGAUCACGAUGAAUUUGUUCAUUCUGCCGAACACAGGGGAAACAGAUGAGCCUAAUGAACAGGAAGUCAAAGAACAAAAUGCUGCAGUUGGACAUGGUGUUGAUGGCAAUAAGCAGGUGGUAGAAAUGCACGAUAGACGGCAGGUAAAGAGCAUUAAUAAAGGAAAGAAGACUGAUACUCAGCCAACUAAUGGCACUCCUCAACCAAGAAAAACUAAAUCUGUAGUUUGGGAGUUUUUCAGUAAGGUUCAAGAAAAUGGUGUGGUAUGGGCUAAAUGUCCAGUUUGUGACAAAAAGCUCGGCGGGGAAAGCAAGAAUGGAACUUCAAGCCUACACAAACACGGAUGUUUUAAAGAUUGGAAGGAAGAUGCAAAACAACAAUCAGUUUCUAAUGUCGAUUCCAGAACUAAAGUAAACCCAAAAGCUAAAGCUUCAUCAACGAAUGGAGCCAAUGCUCCUACACAAGCAAAGAGGAGAAAGCUGGCAGCAAAGAUAGGAGAUACUGGAAAAGAUAAGGAAAGAGAGGAAGAAGAAAAAUCUAAUGAUUCAGCAAUUGCUAGUGUCGUGGAUGCUGUACAAGAUACAAUUGUUUCAGACAUCAGUCAAGCAGCAGUUUCUAAUAUAGCUUCUGACCAAGUACAAGAGUUAACAGUUCAAGAUGAUUAUGCUACAAAAGAAACAACUGCAAGAGGUCUCAAGGAUCAGGAGCAUCAUCUCUCAUUUGGUAUUAUUGCUCAGCUGCAACCAAUUGAAACUCAAAGUUCUAGCCAACAACCCAAUAAUACGGCCAUUGCUGGUAUUCCUCAAGUUGGAUGCACUACUGCAGAAGUUGAUAUUGUUGCUACAAGCACAACUUCUUCUAUCCCAACCACCAUUGGUUUUUCUGUUAUUUCUGCUGCAUCUCAACUUAGAAGGUUUUUGUCUCAAUCACCCCAAGUGUUGCUCUCUCUUAGCGAAAUUGAUAGGUUCUGCUCCCUUUUAAAUGCCGCAAUCAAUGCUGCCAGUAAUGAAUGGGAGAAGCAUCCCAUGAUAGAGCUAUUGGCCGAAGUACAUAGGCUCGAGGAAGCGAUUGCCACUUGUCCUUCUAGUUCACGACUGAAAACACCUCUGCAAGGAUACGAGAAUUUGUCCUCUGCGAUCUCCAAAUCUGCUAGAUCACGUUUUAACUUAGAAGCAGAAAUUACCUCGCUGGAUGAUCAAGCUGCUCAAUUGGAAGAGCAACUGAAGGCCAUAUAUAAGCAAAGAUUGCAAAAAAAACAAGACCUUUCUCUAUUAGUAAAAAAUGAAGCUGUUAUGCAGACUCAUGCAUUGCAAAACAAUCAAGCCAUUGUUGGUAAACUUAAGAUCGACAAUAUAAUAGCUGGAAUGUCUGCUUUGUUUGAAUUUGUAAAAUCUGUACUUCCCGAACCUUGA